AGGUCGUGACGUGUGACGUCGGGCGGAAGUAAAGAUGGCGCUGGACGGCUCGUCCACGUCUGUGAUGGCUCACAGUAAUCCAUACCACAGUCAUGUUUCUGAUUAUUACAGCAGAAAACUCAGCAACAAACCCGAUGUAGUGCCGUCUGGAGUCACCGAGAGGAAAGUGUCGCCCUCAGAUAAACCUGACAUGGUGGCGCUGGACGUGAUCAGCAUCAAGGACUCGGAAGCUCCAGUGCACAGAAAGAAGCACGAGACAGACACGUAUGUCCUGGGGACGAUUCAUCCCUUCCGUAAAGCUCACCGCUCCGUGCUGGGGAAGCUUGCUCAGGAGUUCAGCGUGGUGACGUCUGACAGACGCUCCUGGAGGAUUCUUCUGUUCGGCGUCUUGAAUCUCGUCUGCACCGCCUGUCUUCUGAUGUGGUGCAGCUCCACCAACAGCAUGGCUUUAACGGCAUACACGUACCUCACCAUCUUCGAUCUCUUCAGUCUGAUCACCUGUCUGCUGAGUUUCUGGGUGACCAUGAAGAAGCCCAGUCAGGUGUACUCCUUUGGCUUCGAGCGUUUUGAAGUGCUGGCGGUGUUUGCCUCCACUGUGCUGGUUCAGCUGGGCGCUCUCUUCAUCCUGAAGGAAAGCGUGGAGCGUUUCGUGGAGCAGCCCGAGGUGCACACGGGGCGUCUGCUGGUGGGAACUUUUGUGGCUCUGUUCUUUAAUCUCUUGACUCUACUGUCUGUCAAGAACAAGCCCUUCGUGUUCGUGUCUGAAGCUGCGAGCACCAGCUGGCUUCAGGAGCACGUGGCUGAUCUGAGCCGGAGCCUGUGCGGACUCAUCCCAGCCCUCAGCAGCGUUCUCCUGCCCAGAAUGAACCCGUUCGUGCUGAUCAACCUCGCUGGAGCUUUUGCUCUGGGCAUCACGUACAUGCUCAUCGAAAUCAAUAACUAUAAUGCGAUGGACACCGCGUCUGCCGUGGCCAUCGCCCUCAUGACCUUUGGCACCAUGUACCCUAUGAGUGUGUACAGCGGGAAGGUGCUGCUGCAGACCACCCCCUCUCAUGUCAUCGGUCAGCUUGACAAACUGCUCCGAGAGGUGUCCACAUUGGAUGGAGUUCUUGAAGUCCGAAACGAACACUUCUGGACCAUUGGCUUCGGCUCUUUGGCCGGCUCCGUUCACGUACGCAUUCGCAGGGACGCUGACGAGCAGAUGGUUCUGGCUCACGUCACCAACCGUCUGCACACGCUAGUGUCCACGCUGACCGUCCAGAUCUUCAAAGACGACUGGGCGCGUCACUCGCUGACCUCCAGCACCCUGCCCUCCGGCUCGCUCAGCCUCUCGGAGUACGUGACCGCGGCCGCCUUCCCUCCGGCGGGGCCCAAGCCGCUCGACGACUCCAACCCGGUCACGUCUACGCCCGCCAAGCCCAGCAGCCCUCCGCCCGAGUUCUCCUUCCACACGCCGGGGAAGCACAUCCAGCCCGUGGUGUUUCAGACGGCCCAUCAGCAUCAGCACCGGCCCUUCAACGCGGCCCUCUCCUGCGGCGUGUCUCCUUACUCCAGCAUGCUGAACCCCGGGGGCCCCGCCGCGAGACUGGGCUUCGGGGGCCAGGGCUACAGGACUCUGAAUGCAGCGCCGCACAGAUACGGCAGCGGUCUGCCUCCGCCACACACUGGACAGCAGAGACCCUGAGCCCUUCACGCCCUUCACCACUACCCUGAGUAUUUAUUUUAUCGGGACCAAGAGCAACACUUUUAUUUUGAAUGGAUGUUUAUCUGUCUUCUUUCUUUGUAUUAAACCUCUGUCAGACAUC